AUGCCGACUCUUCGGACGGUAGUGGUUGUGUUCUGUCUGUGGAGUACUGAUGUCAGCAGAGCUUAUGUUUUUCAAGCCAGUAGACCUUCAGAGGGAGACAACCCACCCACCCACACUAAAGUCGUUUCAGAGUGGGUCAGCUCAGCGGGCUCCUGCAAGGGGAGGUGCUUUGAGCUGGACGUAACCAAUCCUCCAGGAUGCAGAUGUGACAAUCUGUGUAAGACCUACAUCAGCUGCUGCUCCGACUUCGACGAGCAGUGCCUCAAAACAGCGGGAGGUUUCGAGUGCAUGCAGGAUCGCUGCGGGGAGGAGAGGAAUGACGAUCACGCCUGCCACUGCUCACAGGACUGCCUGGAGAGAGGAGACUGCUGCUCCAACUAUAAGUCCCUCUGCAAAGGUGAGGCAACAUGGGUGCACGGAGACUGUGAGGAGAUCAACACGGCAGAAUGUCCUGCCGGCUUCAUCCGACCUCCCCUCAUCAUGCUGUCUGUCGACGGGUUCCGAGCAUCCUACCUGAAGAAGGGCAACUCUGUCAUCCCCAACAUACAUAAACUCAGUGAGUGUGGUACGUCAGCACCCUACAUGCGACCAGUCUACCCAUCAAAGACCUUCCCAAAUUUAUACACCCUAGCCACAGGUCUGUACCCGGAGUCUCAUGGCAUUGUGGGAAACACCAUGCAUGAUCCAGUGUUUAAUGCCACCUUCAGCCUCCGCAGCAGGGAGAAACUGAAACACCGCUGGUGGGGUGGACAGCCUGUGAGUACACUCUAG